AGUCAUGUUUUGAAGAUUUGGUAUAUCGAGGUUUGUAUAUUUUCAUAGUUUGUAAUAACCUGAGAAAUUUCCUGUGUAUAUCAUAAAAAUAUACACAACAACCGAUCUCUUGGCCAGGUAAAUUCCAGGAGUCGUAUGCAUAAAAAUUCUAAGAAUUUUCUUAAGUAUAUACUUAAAUUUCUUAAGUAUAUAUUUAGCUAAGUAAGAUUCUUAAGUUCCGUUGCAUAAAACCUCUAAGCAACAUGCUUAGUUGUUUUUAGCUAAGUACAUCGCAAUAUGCUUAAGUUUAUCGUUGCUAUGUCAAACGUCAUUUCCGCUUUCACUUUACCGUAAACACAGAUUGCAUGGAGUUGAACAUUUUCUUGAUAAGUCUCUCUUGUAUCGCUAAUAAAUGAUGGAAUACUAUAAUUUUUUGUGUUAUGCAAGGUUAAUAAAAUAAAUAGACCAAAAAUCAAAUGUCGUUUUAUAUGACGUUAUAUCCGAUUUCAUCGUCUGCAUCUGCAUUGAUCUUUGAAAAUAUGGCAGAAAGAGAAGGUGUUGAGAGUCAGUCAUUACAGACAACUAAGAAAAGAAAACCGAAUUGGACAGCAGAUGAAUGCUUGUUUUUAAGCAAGUGUGUAGAAGAACAUAAAAGUAUCCUUCGAGCUAAAUUCGGAACGGGGGUUACGACAUUAAAGAAACGGGAGAUUUGGAGGAAAAUCACAGAUGCCAUCAAUGCCUCUUCCUCCACCAAGCGAACGGUGGAGGAGGUUGAGAAGAAAUGGCACAAUAUACAGAUGAAGGGGAAAGCAGAGCUGGCAGACGCACGACGUAGUGUGAAACAAACGGGCGGUGGACCAGCGGGAAAACCUUUAACGCCAUUAGCAGAAGCAGUUGGGAGUGUUAUUGGUACCAACAAUAUAAGUAUCAGUGGGAUCCCUGGUACAGUUGACACAACAUAUCUAAUGCUCGACAGACCAAAGAUCAGCACGGAAACCACAGCGAGUACGAUGUAUGUUCAGGAAUUUUAUACACCAUUUCUUAAUUCUUGGAUUGAAAAUUGAAAAAAAAACAAA